GAGCACGUCUGCGGCCGCGGAGCCCCGGAGCUGUCCCUUGCGCGCGUCCCCCCUCGUCCCAGUGCCACCGCCGCGCUCUCGACCCCGCCAUGCUCCUGCUGCUGGGGCUGUGCUUGGGGCUGCCGCUCUGCGCGGGGUCUCUGGAAGACGCGCGGACCCGGGAUGACACUUCGGAGCAAGUUGGACCCAGGGUGCCGAGACAAGCCCGACUGCUGCAAAGGCUGAAAACCAAACCCUUGAUGACGGAAUUCUCAGUGAAGUCUACCAUUAUUUCUCGUUAUGCCUUCACUACUGUUUCCUGUAGAAUGCUGAAUAGAGCUUCCAAGGACCAAGAAAUUGAGUUUCAGAUGCAGAUUCCAGCUGCAGCUUUCAUCACCAACUUCACUAUGCUCAUUGGAGACAAGGUGUAUCAGGGAGAAAUUACAGGGAGAGAAAAGAAAAGUGGUGAUAAAGUAAAAGAGAAAAGGAAUAAAACCUCAGAAGAUAAUGGGGAGAAGGGGACUGAUAUGUUCAGAGCCUCUGUUGUGAUCCCCAGCAAGGACAAAGCUGCCUUCCUCCUCAGUUAUGAAGAGCUCUUACAGAGGCGGCUGGGGAAGUAUGAGCACAUUAUCAGCGUGCGGCCCCAGCAGCUGGUGGGGAGGCUGAUGGUGGAAGUGAACAUUCUGGAGAGGUCUGGCAUCGAGUCACUGGAGGUGCUGCCCUUACAGCACAGCAGACAGAAGGGCAGCGGGAGAGGGGAAGAUGAUUCUGGGCCGCCUCCUUCUACUGUUAUCAGCCAAAAUGACACUUUUGCCAAAGUCACUUUUAAGCCUAGUGUGGUCCAACAAGCCAGGAUUGCUCAGAAUGGCGUUUUGGGAGAUUUGAUCAUUAGAUAUGAUGUCAACAGGGAACAGAGCAUUGGGGACAUCCAGGUUCUAAAUGGCUAUUUUGUGCACUACUUUGCCCCCAAAGACCUACCCCCCUUGCCCAAGAAUGUGGUAUUUGUGCUUGACAGCAGUGCCUCCAUGGUAGGAACAAAGCUCCGGCAGACCAAGGAUGCCCUGUUCACGAUUCUCCACGACCUCCGACCCCAGGAUCAUUUCAGCAUCAUCGGAUUUUCCAACCGCAUCAAAGUGUGGAAGGACCAUCUGGUGUCAGUGACUCCCGACAAUGUGAGAGACGGCAAAGUCUAUAUUCACCACAUGUCGCCCACCGGAGGCACAGACAUCAACGGGGCCCUGCAGAGGGCCAUCAAGCUGCUCAACGACUAUGUGGCCCACAACGACAUCGAAGACCGCAGCGUGUCCCUCAUCAUCUUCCUGACCGAUGGGAAACCCACUGUCGGGGAGACCCACACCCUCAAGAUUCUCAACAACACCAAGGAGGCCGCCCGAGGCCAAAUCUGCAUCUUCACCAUCGGCAUCGGGAAUGACGUGGACUUCAUGCUGCUGGAGAAACUGUCGCUGGAGAACUGCGGCCUCACACGGCGCGUUCUCGAGGAGGACGACGCGGGCGCGCAGCUCAUCGGGUUCUAUGAUGAGAUCAGGACCCCUCUCCUCUCCGACAUCCGCGUCGAUUACCCGCCGGCCUUGGUGGAGCAGGCCACCAGGACCCUGUUUCCCAACUACUUCAACGGCUCGGAGAUCGUCAUCGCGGGGAAGCUGGCCGACCGCAAGGUGGGACAGCUGCACGUGGAGGUCACGGCCAGCAACAGCAAGAAAUUCGUCAUCCUGAAGACGGACGUGCCGGUGGAGCCGCAGAGGGCGGGGCGCGGCGAGACGGGAAGCGCCAGGCCCCAGGCCGGGGGCACCGAGCCCCGCAACCACGUGGAGCGGCUGUGGAGCUACCUGACGGUGAGGGAGCUGCUGAGCUCCUGGCGGCACAGCCGCGACGAACAGGACCGGGAGCGCCUGCGGCAGAAGGCACAGGCCCUGGCCCUGGCCUACCGCUUCCUCACCCCGCUCACAGCCAUGCACCUGCGGUCGGCGGGGCAGCCGGAGAAGCUGGAGGAGGCGCAGGGCGUGUCGGCCGCCGUGGGCCCCGAGACCGUGAUGCAGAGCGUGCGGGGCGCCAGCCCGCAGCCAGGACCUGCUCUCAAGAAACCAUACAGCCCAAGAAUUAAAGUCUCCAAAACCUCAGUGGACGGAGAUCCCCAUUUUGUCGUGGAUUUCCCCCUGAACAAGCUCACCGUCUGCUUCAACAUUGAUGGGCAGCCGGGGGACAUCCUAAGGCUGGUCUCGGAUCACGCGGACUCUGGCGUGACGGUGAACGGGGAGCUGAUCGGGGCCCCGGCUCCCCCAGGCGGCCACAAGAAGCAGCGCACGUACUUCCGCACCAUCACCAUCCUCGUCAACAAGCCCGAGAGGUCCUAUCUGGAGAUCACACCCAGCAGAGUCAUCUUGGAUGGUGGGGACAGGCUGGUCCUCCCCUGCAACCAGAGCACGGUGGUGGGGAGUCGGGGGCUGGAGGUGUCCGUGUCCGCCAAUGCCAACGUCACCGUCACCAUCCAGGGCACCGUUGCCUUCGUCAUCCUCAUUCACCUGUACAAAAGGCCAGCCCCCUACCAGCGAGACCACCUGGGCUUUUACAUCUCCCACAGCGAAGGCCUCUCCAGCAACUGCCACGGACUGUUAGGUCAGUUCCUGAACCAGGAUGCCAGACUCACAGAGGAGCCUGCCAGGCUCAGCAAGGACCCUACUCACCCUCCACUCCCAAAGGCAGGUGAGCAGGCCGAGACUGUCCUAAAGGUGAAAGGACACCAAGUCCCGGUGGUCUGGAAACAGCGGAAAAUCUAUAACGGGGAGGAGCAGGUGGACUGCUGGUUUGCCAGGAACAACGCAGCCAAACUGAUCGACGGGGAGUACAAAGAUUACCUGGCAGCCCAUCCUUUUGACUCAGAGACAUCGUUUGGCCCGGGACUCUCCAGGGGACUCUGACGCCAGCGGCCUGAACGCACGAGUGCAUGACAGGGAAGUGGUCUUUGGGGACCCCGAGGUGCACUUCCUGUCGCUUGCGUGUGCCUCGUGUCUUGGCAGUUGGCUGCCACCCGUGACCUUCCCCUGGUGGCGUGUAGGCCCGGUGUCUGAGUGAAGGGAAGAGUCAGGACUCGGAAGCGGAAAUGUUAUUUCCUUCUCCUUCCUCCCCCUGCCUCCCCUCUCCCUCCGUCCAAUAGAGAAAGAUGGUGGCCCCAAGGGGGAAAGGUCAUACCUAAAAGCAAGAAGUCUGUGUCUCGUGCCAAUUGGCUUGUCUGUCUCAGAGCCUGUCAUAAGAUAACUGAUGAAGGAACAUUGCCACUAAGCUCGCUUUCUCUGUGGAAACGGCCGAGUUUGGGCACUCUGCUUUUCGCCUUAUGCUAAUGCUUAGGACUCUCUCCUCUUAGAACUACUGUGUUCUCCAGAUGUGAGGCCAGCCUCUGCCUCAAGGGGACCGCUCCUUGGGCCCCGGCCACGGGUCAGGCAAAUAGCUCCUAGAUUUGAUCAUUGUAACCAAUUAAGUCUUGUCUUAGGAGAGGAUUUUCUUCCGCUGUGAUAUCUUGCCCUUGAAAGUGAGUUUUCAUUUAAAAAAAAAAAAAAACUGCGUUCCAGAUACCGAUGUCUAAUGCGCUUUGUAAACCCCUCGACUGUGCUCAUGGGUAUUCUCCUAUUUAUUCCAGUAAAGCUAAUAAACAGGACUGCCCCUCGUGGCUGUUUUUGACUGGCCUGUCUCGGAGAGUUGGCCCACCUUCGACUUGGCACUGUCCUCCUGUUGUCAUAACUCCGGCCUUACCGACUGGCGGUCCUUGGGGAGGUGACAGGUGAGGCGCUCGCAGCGCUGGGACGGGAGGUAGAGCCCCCACGGAGCGCGUCCUCAGCCCCCUCCCAGGCGUCGGCCCGCACGCUGUCAGCAGAAGGCGGCACGCUCACACAGCUGAGAAGCCUUCCCCCAUCUCCGAGAGGCGAAGCCAGCGCAUCGGCGUGAGGGGGGCACUUUGGUUCCAGAACUUGGACAAGCCCUCUGCUCCCAUGAGGAAAGGUUAAAACCGGUGGCCGGGGCUGCGGAGGUCAGGGAGCACCACCCUUGUCAUAGCGGACCCCCUGUGCUCAGCCCAUCACCCUCUCCAGGGGAAGCGAGGCUUCCCUGCCCUCCUCCCCAGUCCUUGCUUUUGCCCUGUUUGGUCUUCUCGGGGCCACUGAGGUCCAGCAGAGCCCGGUCCUCACUGGGUGCAGGGCGCAGUCGGGACGCACAUGGACACAGACGCCCCUCGAGCCGCAAGGCAGAGGAAGAAAGAUCGGGGUCAGAGAAAUGGAAUAUUCCAACAUGAGGCUGAAUUCAACAAAAGCUUUUGGGCUGGCCUCACAGGAGGUCUCUUCCAGUCGGGAGUGAGUCCAGAGCAGGCUCUCGUGAGCUGUGGAGGCACGCUUGGCCCUUGGAGAGAAAUCAGAGCUAAGAAACUUGUUUCCCGUAUUGGCCCUCCCGUGGGACCGUUUGAGCAGCAAAAUGACAUCCACAUGUUCCUGUCGGACCAGGCGGCCUCAGGAGGCUGUGGGGAGGGGGCAUCGGCGGUUCUGUCUCAGAGACCCGGUCUCUCCCCACGUCGUGCCCCCGCCAGGCCGUGCCUGCCCAGCUCUGGGUUUUCGGACUCCCAUCUUCCCAGACUCGGCUGCCCGUUUUCAGCCCAGACGGCCGCAGAAGCGCCCGCGUUUCAGAGCUCAGAGGAAGCGGAGGAGGGGGCGCCGGGGGGGGGCCGGUCCUGCCAGGCUCCCCGGGACCCCCUGUGACAUAACUUCGGCCCCAGCCGGGCAGACGUCCCGCGGGCCUCGCGGCCCAGCCUGCCCGUCGCCUGCACAGGCGGUCCGCAGUCCGGCACAGGCCUCGGGGCUGCGGGGAGAACGGCGCCCGGCCGGCUCAGUCAGUAGAGCGGCGACGCUUGGUCUCGGGGUUGUGAGUUCGAGCCCCAUGUUGAGCAUGGAGUUUACUAAAAGAAAAAGGAAGAAAGAAAGAAAGAGAGAGAGAAAAGAAAGACCGCAGGGAGGGCUGUUAUUGCACAUUACCAGUUACUGCUGCUUUCUCAGAGCAGAGAAGAAUAUUCCAGCGAGGUACCCCUCAUUGUCCUCUUCUGGGGAAAAAAAAUGUUUUUUGAGCAUCGAAGUUGAGCUUUUAUUUUAAUGCUUUUACUGCAGACAAAUCCCACUUUUCUUUUUCCUCCUCUUCGUGGUCUGUGUCUUUUUAUUGUGGAAGUUUUUUACCAUUAAAUGAUCUAUUUUAACCUAAGACUGUGGUAUCUCCAAAAAACUCCACAGCCAUGUUAUACCGAGGACCUUGUAAUUUGAUUGGAAAACAUAGUAUUUUCUGUUGGUCAUGUAUGUUGUGGAUAGCAGGCUUUUGUAAAGGAUAAAUGCAGGGCCCCUGGGUGGCCCAGUCAGUUGAGCAUCCGACUCUCAACUUC